AUGUCGUUAAGGAUUACUACGACGGAACGCGCUGCUCUAAUGAUGGGCAUAACCUUGCAGCAGUACGAAGAGAGCCUGGAUGAACUGAUUCAGUCUGGAACCUCAGGUUCAUCAACCGCCAUAAUGGGCACAUCUGCUCUCUGCUCUGCGGAAAUACCGUCAACCUCGACUGUACCUCACGGACUGGAUGGUGAUCAAACCCAGGCCGCACAACCGGCCAAAUGGGCCAAACCCGCCAUCGCCGCUCCUCCGACCGUUCGUCCAUACGGGAAUUUGCUCAAGAAAGCCUGCUUCUUCGAGUUGGGUGGAUCACGAUGCAAGACUCCAACCAGCUGUCUGGAAUAUGGUCGGGUCCACAUAUGCAGAGCCUUCGCGCAUGGCACCUGCCCACACGGUCCGGAGGGGUCCCUACAUCUGGGAGGGCUUCAUACGAAGACCACCUACUGUAAGAGAGGUAAUCCGAUGGUCGACUGCGGCUUGCAAUUGCUUCCGGCCGUCGGCCAUUCCGCUGCUACACACCCGGUGUAG